AUGAGUUGUGAAAUUGGGGCCAGGACCACUCGGUUUUCCAUUUUUGCGGUCUCGAUACCCACCCCUAUUUGUAAUGCUAAAGGGCACCAUUUCUCUGGGGUUAACCAUGCGAUGCCCCACUCCCCAAGGUUUAAUCAAGACUCACACCUCAAACAGGCAUGUCAUGACAAUCAUAACAGGGUUGAGGUUGGAAGCUCGAGCCAUGUACCCGAAGAAAAGAGUUCCAAUUCGGUGCAAGGGGAAAUGAGAUUUGAUGAUAUAGCUCUCCCUCGUGAAAUGAAGCUUAUAAAUGCGGAUAACCCAACUUUUGAGUACAUUUCUUCAGGUGAAGAGGAAAACAUUCUUCCUAAGAGCGCUAACUCCAACAUGAGUGACAGUGGGUCAGAUCUCCUAGCUGAAGAAUCUAAAUUUCAACAAGUUUAG